UCCAUGCUCCUGUUAGAUGCCUUUAACAAAGACAGGGCAUCUUUACCUCAACCUCUGCCAAAUCCACCUCCUUUGGCUCCCAUUCCUGUUGCUGCUCCUGACCCUCGAACACAAAAGAUGAUAAAUGAGAAGUUGAAGAAAGCCAAGGACCUUGGCGAGCAAGGAAAGGUUGAUGAGGCGCAAAAAGCAUUGGAAGAAGCCGAAGCACUUAAGAAGGUCCUUCACUUUUUAUAAUAUGGUUUUGUUUGUCUUGCUAUUAAAAUCAUUUUGGGUACUGUUUGCUUAUUUAAAUCGAAGAGUUCAUAUAUACCUGCUGUGAUUUUUUCUUGUUAAUUUUGAUCUGUGUGUUAACAAUCUUUGCUCUCUUCUUUUAGUUGCCUUUGUUGCCGAGGCACAGAGAGAGAGACAGAGAGUUUUUGGUUUGUGUUCUUCGUCAAAAUUCCUCAUCCAAGUAAAAUUCCAUUAAAUUUUUUUUUCAACUUUAACUUUAUUCCUCAGUUCAUUGUGUUCCUCUGCCCUGGUCAUUCCUAGAAUAGUAGAAUUAUUCGCUUUUUUCAGCUAAGUUUAGUCUAUGUUAUUAUCACCUCCAGAAUUGGCAUAUUCUUGUGUCCCCAUUUUUCUCAAAACCAUCUUUAGUCUCUCGACACUUUAUAAAGUUAAUAUUUUUUAAAAUGAGUUGUAGUUCUUAUACAAGUAUCAAACCACUUGAAGGAACUAGCUUGUCUUUUGUAGCUUAAGAUAUAUCAUUGGACAUGGGAAGGCUGCAAGGUGUUGAAUAUGGCUGCAGAGAUGUAGUAAUACACAGAAUAAAAUUAGAAUGGGUAUCACAUGGGGAUAACGUUCAUGUUCAUCCAACUGGCCUAUUUGCAAGUGUUGGUCAAGCAGGGUUUGGCUUUGGUAUUUCACCAAAUCCACCACCUGCUCGAGACAAUGCCGCAAAACUCCCCUUGGCUAAUUCUUCCAUGAAGAACGUGUUGAUACCUGAUGAUUUUGGUUUUCAAACUACAACAAGGUUUCAAGGAUUUUUGUUGAGUGGUGAGCAUGAAGAAGCUGCAACUGAAGUGGUGCAUCUUUCUCGGCUUGGUGAAGAAUGGGUGUUGUGGACUUCUGAGGAGUUUGGAUUUAUCACUCCAAGUGACUCUAUCUCUACAGGGAGUAGUAUAAUGCCUCACAAAAAGAAUCCAGACCCAAUGGAGCUAGUCCGUGGAAAGUCUGCUAGGGUCAUAGGAGAUUUGGUUACUUUGCUUACAUUAUGCAAAGGGCUCCCUCAUGCAUACAAUCGUGAUUUGCAGGAAGACAAAGAACCAGUAUUUGACAGUGUUAAAACUAUUUUGGGGAUGCUUGAGGUGUCAGCGGAGUUUGCACUGAACAUCAUCUUCAAUCGGGACAGAAUACAAAAUGCUUUACCUGCUGGUCAUCUUGAUGCAACAACACUUGCCGAUUACCUUGUUAACAAGGGAGUGCCAUUUAGGACCUCUCAUGAUAUUGUUGGAAGAGCCGUUGCCUUGUGUACAUGCAACCGCCGCAAAAUCGUCAACCUGAUUUGCGGCGGUUGUGCCAGCGAGGGCGCCUCAGUAGAUGGAAGCAUGGAGGCAGGUGCAGCAUUGGAGAGUCCGAGGGUGGCAAAUAUUGAGGAUCAGGGAGUGCCAGCACCGCAGGACAAAUCACCAAUUGAGAUUGGGCAUCACUCUGUUGGUAUAGUGGGGGACAUAAGGGGACAUUGGUUUCUAUCAUCUAUGCAGGGUGUUUGUUGUAAGUUUAUUGAUCCCUUUGAUCAGAGUGUUAUGAUUGAGGUUCAGUUUGAUCAUUUGACUUGGACGUGUAGUGCUACAAAGAGACAAGUACAAAAUGUGAUGGUGGUUUUGGAGAUUUUUUGCAAAGCAUUUGGGAUGAAGAUUAAUGCGGAGAAGUGCUUUACUCCAGUCCGAAAGUGGGUUGGUAUUGGUAUGGAGCUAGAUCCAAAGUCUAUGACUCGUGUAAUGGUUACUUAUAGUUGUAGAGGCUCUUCCUACUGCAAAUUUUCACUUCAGAAGAGGGAUGUCAUCAUUGACACAUUGCUCAAGAUGUCUUUCUAG